AAAUUCUAACGAAACCUUCCUCAUAUAUGUGAUAAGAAAUAAAGACUGUCAUGUUUACUUACUGAAAAUUUAAUUAAAAGCUUACAAACUUCAGCUAAUUAUAUAUUGGUGAUGGAAUCCUCACAGAAUCUGCUCAUUCCAGGAUUAAUUAAAUGUGUCAAUUUCUCUGCAGUUAAACAUAAAAAUCAAAGGAGGUUGGAUAAAGAGAAAACGCCUUAUAUCAAUCAUCCGAUUGGUGUAGCAAAUAUUCUAUGUGAAGAAGGCGGGAUUUCUGACCCUGAUGUCAUCAUGGCUGCGAUCCUUCAUGACACAGUCGAAGAUACGGAUACGACGUUUGAAGAAAUUGAACAACAUUUCGGCCACCAUGUCAGGUCGAUUGUCAAGGAAGUAACCGAUGACAAAAGCCUUCCCAAGCAAAGACGAAAGGAUCUCCAGAUUGAACAUGCAAAAGGCUCUUCUUAUGAAGCGAAACUUGUUAAAUUGGCUGAUAAGUUGUACAACCUGAGGGAUUUAAAAAGGCAAACACCUGAGGGAUGGAGCGAUGAAAGAGUGAAUGAAUAUUUCAAAUGGUCUAGUAAGGUUGUGGAAGGGCUUCGAGGUACAAAUAAAAAUCUAGAAGAUAAACUGGACGAUUUAUUCGCUUCAGUAAAAGAUGCCUAAUAAUAUAAACUAUGGCGAUCACAAUAUUUAGCUGUAUUUGUUCUUGAAAUCGUUCAUAAAUUUGAAAAGAAAUGUGGUUUCUUCAACUGAAAUGGCAUUAUAUAUAGAUGCCCUGAUUCCUCCGACCAAUCUAAAAACAACAGUUUAUAGAAAUAUAUAUUUGCUCAAUUAUAAUUUUU